GCAUACGUACGUGUCGACGAAAUUUCAAAAUUAAAUUUGUACACAAAUCUCAAUUCGGACCAACUUUAGCCUCAGAUUAACAUAUAUUUAGAUCUCUUUGGAACACUAAAAGUCAUUCACUUGGGGUUUUUUAAUAUGCUGAUUCAGCUUUCCACCAUUCACUGCUACUCGAAUAUAAAGUUGAAUCAUUCAAAGAUGGUGACAAGCCAGGCUCUUCCUCCUUCGAAGACAUAUUCGUUUAAGAACUGUUAUUUCCUCAUCACGCUACUUGUAUUUCUCGUCACCGUCAUUUGUUUAUUUGGGAUCUCGUCAUUUGACACAGUGAUCAUCAAGAGUAGGACCAUUGCAGAAAAGGGUGAGAUGUUAACACAAAACGUUGCAAAGCAGAAGAUUCCAUCUUUCAAAGUUGCACCCGUCAAUUCGUCGAAAAUAGAUAUUACGCGAAAUUUUACGAGCCAGGAAAUUCCACCGCCGACAAUAGAAUCCAAACCUCUCAGACUGGACGGAGAACAGGCUCUCCCAAAGAAUGUUAUUCCAGAUCUCCAUUCUCUGUUGCGUAUUGAUGAUUCGUACACCACAUAUAGCGAUUCAGAAAAUAAAGAGUGUAUGCGUCCCAAAGAAAAGGGAACAAACGGUUCUGACUACAUCGCAGGUAUCAGCCAAUCUAAUUUUGUAACGACCGAAGAGAAAGUUUUCAACGAUUUGGCGGAGAAGGCCAGAGAUUUAACGCGUCACGCCAAUGAACAGUUAAAAUUUUUCCUGAAGAACAGGUACACCAGCGCCCUCAACGAUAAAGCUGACGCAAAGCCGGAAUUAGCAGCACAAGCUGGAAUGGGGAUGACAAUAGGGUCAUACAUGUACUUCCCUGGAGGACACUGGGUACCCAUGCAUUGUAAAGCCAAGUGGAAGGUAGCAGUGGUCAUUCCCUAUCGAAACCGCAGUGAUAAUCUCAAUGUCCUUACAAGAAACCUAAUACCAUUCCUGAAGGGACAAGAUUUGGAAUUCGGAAUCUUUGUCGCGGAGCAGAGUUUCUCUGAAAUAAUGAAUAGGGGCAUGAUGAGGAACAUUGGUUUUCAGAUGGCAAACUUGAGUGGAACAAAGUGGGACUGCUUCGUGUUCCAUGACGUGGACUUUAUUCCCCUCAAUUCUACAAACUACUACGGUUGCGAUAGCUUUCCAAUACAUUUUGCCAGCAGGCUGGAAAUAUUCAACUACACGUAAGUUUUAUUAUGUCCUGUUCUGGAAUCAUUUUGUUUUGCCUUGUUCUUGUAUGUUCUGUCAUGUCUUUUUCUUGUAUAAUUUUGUUCGCGUUGUCCCUUUGUCUUGUCAUAUCUUGUUGUUAUCCAGGCUCAUUUGUCUUUUAUUUGGGUGAUUAUAAGUAAAAAGUCAUGUCAAAGUAAUCCUAAAAGGGUCGGGGGGAUAUAUAGACAUCUAAUGAAGCUAAGAGAGAGCGAUAUAAUUUAUCUAGUCAAUUCGACAUAAUAACGUUACGCUAAGUCGACAUUUUAAAAAUGUAUGUCGACUUUGCGAGAUAACGUAUCUCUACAAGACGAUGUCACUUUAAAGCUUCCGUAGAUAUCCCUCAACGCUUCGCAUAAUUUUUCCGAAACGCACAACGAUAGCUCCCCAAAAUUUCAUGAUUUUUGCAGGUGAGACUAGAGGCGCCGCUUUUCCGACGGCGGCGGCGUCAUCACCAAAUCUUAACCGAAGGUUAAGUUUUUGAAAUGACAGCAUAACUUAGAAAGUAUAUGGACCUAGUUCAUGAAACUUGACCAUAAGGUUAAUCAAGUAUUACUAAAUAUUCUGCCUGAGUUUCAGGUCACAUGACUAAGGUCAAAGGUCAUUUAGGGUCAAUGAACUUCGACCAUGUUGGGGGAAUCAACAUCAAAAUCUUAACCUAAGGUUAAGUUUAUGAAAUGUCAUCAUAACUUAGAAAAUAUAUGGACCUAGUUCAUGAAACUUGGACAUAAGCUUAAUCAAGUAUUACUGAAGAUCCUGCUUGAGUUUCACGUCACAUGACCAAUGUCAAAGGUCAUUUAGAGUCAAUGAAUUUUGGCCAAAUUGGGGGUAUUUGUUGAAUUACCAUCAUAACUUUGAAAGUUUAUUGGUCUAGUUUAUAAAACUUGGACAUAAGAGUAAUCAAGUAUCACUGAACAUCCUGUGCGAAGUUCAGGUCACAUGACCAACAUCAAAGGUCAAUGAACUUUGGCCAUGUGGGGUGGGGGGUAUCUGUUAAAUUACCAUCAUAACUGAAAGUUUAUGGAUCUGAUUCAUGUAACUUGGACAUAAGAGUAAUCAAGUAUCCUUGAACAUCCCAUCCUAGUUUCAGGUCACAUGACUAAGGUCAAAGGUCAUUUAAGGUCGAUGAACUUUGGCAAUGUUGGGGGUAUUUAUUGAAUUACCAUCAUAUCUCUGUAAGUGUAUUGGUCUAGUUCAUAAAACGUGGACAUUAGAGUCAUCAAGUAUCACUGAACAUGUUGUGCGAGUUUCAGGUCACAUGACCAAGGUCAAAGGUCAAUGGACCUUGGCCAUGUUGGGGGUAUUUGUCAAAUUACCAUCAUAACUCUGUAAGUAUAUUGGUCUAGUUCAUAAAACUUGGACAUUAGAGUCAUCAAGUAUCACUGAACAUCUCAUGCGAGUUUUAAGUCACAUGACCGAAAGUCAAAGGUCAUUGAACUUUGGCCAUUUUAGUGGUAAUUAUUAGAUUGCUUUCAUAACUUUCAAAGUUGAUAGAUAUAGUGUAUAAAAUGUGGAUAUAUAGGGGUAAUCAAGUAUCACUGACACUAGGUCACAUGAUCAAGGUCAAAUGUCAAUGAACGUAGUAUUGUAUCAUUAUAUGAAUGGUGUUUUUUGUAAAUAAUUAUUUUAUAGUAGUUUUCAAAGUCAGCACUGCUGCUAUAUUGAAUCGCGUGAUGCAGGUGAGACCGCCAGAGGCAUUCCACUUGUUUAAUUUUUUUUUUUAUCUUAGUGUGCUACCAUGAUUUUCUUUUAAACAAGUGCACACCUAAUGCGUUUAGCAUCUCCAUUUAUUUGAAUGCAGAAUAAAAGAGCAUUAUCGAUUAAAUGCCUUUAUCCUUUUUCGUCCCGAAGUGCAACCGAGGAGGGGGGGGGGGGGGGGGUCAUCAAUCCAAUGACUUCAAUAUUGAUAGUUCAUUCGAGGCAAACUCAUAUUAUUAUCAUGGCUCAAUAUUACCCGACUCGGUCAAUCCGCACGAAGUGCAGCUGAGAAUAUAAUAAUUAUGUAAGCCCCAUUAUAAUGAUUUUUGCUGUAAUCAUUUUGACUAUAAUCCUUCGCAUCUUUCUCGUUAAUUAUUAUAGUAACAUGCAACAUAGCAAUUAAUACAAUGUUUAUCAAGUUUAAGCUCAAGUUCAAGUAUAUAAGCGCUGCACACUGUUGGGCUUAUUGGGCCUACUUUUUCUAUGAACAGACACCAAAUCACUAUGAAAUUCCGUGUGUUGCCCAGUUUUCUGCCUCUCAUAAUUUCUUUGUAAUAUAGGGGUAAUCAAGUAUGACUGACAAGUUUUAGGUCACAUGAUCAAGGCCAAAUGUCAAUGAACGUCGUUUUGUAUCAUUAUAUGAUUGGUGUUUUUUUGUAAAUAACCAUUUUAUAGUAGUUUCAAAGUCAGCACUGCUGCUAUAUUGAAUCGCGUGAUGCAGGUGAGACCAGGCGCGGAUCCAGGAUUUCGUAGGGAGGGGGCCCAAAUUUGACCUGAUUUUGGCGCCCCUGUGUACUUUUCGGAAAAAUGGCGGCCCCUCCCUCCCCCAGGCAAUCAUAAGUGCCUUAAAUGCAUGUUAAAUUAUCUUAUUUCAUAGGCACAUGAAGAAGAGGCAAUUGAAUAAUGGUUUUAUAAUGAUGUGUUAAUGAAUAAAUGUAAUAUCACUUUAAGAAAGAAUCAAUGCGAGCAGAGAAUAAUGACGGCGAUAUGGCCAUUCUAAAGGUUCACUCAAGCGUGACGCGCGCACAAAAGAAUAUGACGUAAUAUCAUUAGCAUAACAAUGAAGAGUUGAAUAGGGGUAAUUAGCAUAACAAUGGAAGAGUAGUCGGGAUACAUAGCCAUUGAAUAGGGGGUUGAUUAGCAUAACAAUGGAAGAGUAGUCUGGAAAGAUAGCCAUUGAAUAGGGAUGAUUACCAUUAUAACAAUGAUGAAUACGAAGAGAUAGGAUGGCCAUUGAAUAGGGGAACAUUUAAAUAACAAUAAUGGCAGUGACGUAGUAAUGUUACGUAUAACAAAGAAAGAGUAGUCUGGAAAGAUGGGAAUUCAAUGGAGGACAAUUUGAAUAAAAAGAGGUAGGACUACGAGGAAGAUGGGUUUUCAACGGGGGAUCAUUUAAAUAACAAUGAGCACAGUGACGUUGUAAUGUUACGUAUCGGUUGGAAGCGACGGAAGAGUCUCCCUGGAAACGAAUC